AUGUGGGCCCAUCUCAAUCAAAAUCUCUUCUUUCUCAAGUCUCUUUCUCAUAAAUUCUCCACAGUUCUCACCCAACCGUCUCCCAAGCUCCUUCCUUUUCCUUCGCUUCUCUUCAUUUCUUCUUCCAUGUAAAUAUAUCUCUCACUCUCUUCGUCUUUCUUCUGCUCUAACUUAGUAUUCAGAACCCAUUAAGAAACAGGCACUAUGAAUAUGGGAAACGGCCUUUCUUUAUCGCUGUUCUGUUUCUUUCUCUUCUUCUUAAACACCAAGGUGGUUGUUUCUCUUUCUCCUGAUGGUCUCUCUCUUCUUUCUUUAAAGUCUGCCGUCGAUCAGCCAUCUGGGGAUUCCCCUUUUGCUGAUUGGAAUGACGAUGAUCCCACCCCUUGCCGCUGGACUGGCAUUUCCUGUAUGAACAUUUCCGGAUUCCCUGACCCACGUGUCGUAGGAAUCGCUAUCUCCGGCAAGAAUCUACGUGGGUAUAUACCGUCUGAGUUGGGAAGUUUAGUUUAUCUUCGGAGACUCAAUCUUCAUAGCAAUAACUUUUAUGGGUCGAUCCCUGUUGAGCUCUUUAACGCCACUUCACUUCAUAGCCUCUUUCUUUACGGUAACAAUCUCUCAGGUCCUCUUCCUCCGUCUAUCUGUAAGCUCCCGAGGCUCCAGAACCUCGAUCUUUCAAACAAUUCUCUGUCGGGUCCUUUACCGGAGAACUUAAACAAUUGCAAGCAGUUGCAGAGGCUUAUUUUAGCGCGAAAUAAAUUCUCUGGUGAAAUUCCAGCUGGUAUUUGGCCGGAAUUGGACAAUUUAGUUCAGCUCGAUCUUUCAUCAAACGAGUUCAAUGGAUCAAUACCCAAUGAUCUCGGUGAACUUAAGUCUCUUUCUAACCCAUUAAAUCUCUCUUUCAAUCAUUUAUCUGGUAGGAUCCCAAAAUCUCUAGGAAACUUACCGGUCACCGUGAGUUUUGAUCUGCGACACAAUAAUUUAACCGGCGAAAUACCUCAAACGGGGUCAUUUGUUAACCAAGGACCAACUGCUUUUCUGAACAAUCCUCUGUUAUGUGGGUUUCCUCUCCAGAAACCAUGUAAAGACUCUACAGCGAGCUCACCGGCGAGCCAGAAUUCCACGCCAGAAUCCGAUAAUAAUCCCAGUAAAGGCUUAAGUUCUGGGCUCAUUAUACUCAUAUCAUUAGCUGAUGCAGCUGGUGUAGCGUUAAUUGGUCUGGUAAUAAUCUACGUCUACUGGAAAAAGAAAGAUGAUUCUAAAGGCUGUAGCUGCACAGGAAAGACCAAAUUUGGCGAGAACGAGAAGUCGCAAGCCUGCGGGCUCUGUUCCUGCGCCAAUGGCUUCGCAAACGAGGAUUCUGAAAUAGAAGAUGUCGAGAAAGCAGAGAGAGGGAAAGGGGAAGGUGAGCUGGUGGCAAUUGACAAAGGCUUCAGCUUCGAACUGGACGAGCUGCUUAGAGCUUCAGCUUAUGUGUUGGGGAAAAGUGGGUUGGGAAUAGUAUAUAAGGUGGUGCUCGGAAAUGGGAUUCCGGUGGCGGUGAGGAGGCUCGGCGAGGGAGGAGAACAAAGGUAUAGAGAGUUUGUUGCUGAAGUGCAGGCCAUUGGGAAGGUUAAGCAUCCAAAUAUAGUGAAAUUAAGAGCUUAUUACUGGGCUCCUGAUGAGAAGCUUCUGAUCAGUGAUUUCAUCUCCAAUGGCAACUUGGCUAAUGCUCUUCGAGGGAGAAGUGGUCAAGCAUCGUCAGGUCUGUCAUGGGCAACCCGGCUGAGAAUUGCAAAGGGAACAGCCAGGGGCUUAGCCUACCUCCAUGAAUGCAGUCCAAGAAAAUUCGUCCACGCAAACAUCAAACCAUCCAACAUACUCCUUGACAAUGAAUUCCAGGCUUAUAUUUCUGAUUUUGGCCUAAGCAGACUGAUCAAUAUCACUGGCAACAAUCCUUCUUCCUCGGGUGGAUUCAUUGGUGGAGCUCUACCUUACUUAAAAUCUGUCCAAACUGAGCGAUCUAACAGCUACUAUGCCCCAGAAGCUCGCGUGCCUGGCAACAGACCAACUCAGAAAUGGGAUGUGUAUUCAUUUGGAGUUGUCUUGCUGGAAUUGCUGACAGGAAAAUCUCCUGAAUUUUCACCAACCACAUCAACUUCUAUAGAAAUUCCAGACCUGGUGAGGUGGGUGAGGAAAGGGUUUGAAGAAGAGAAUCCAUUAUCAGAAAUGGUCGAUCCAUUGUUGCUCCAAGAAGUGCAUGCCAAGAAGGAGGUACUAGCAGUUUUCCAUGUUGCUCUGGCCUGCACUGAAUCAGACCCCGAGGUUCGACCCAGGAUGAAAACUGUGUCUGAAAAUCUUGAGAGGAUUGGAACAUAGAAAAAGACUGAAAGAAGGCUUGAAAGUUCCUUGAUUUUUGCAAAUUGGAAUUCUGCCAUAGUGAACUUUUGAGAGGUUGAGGUAGCUUAAAGAUAGCUUCAGCCAGCCAAUUAACUUCGAUCUCCAAUGACUAAAGAAUCAGAUUCAAAAAAUUUUGGUAGCAUAAGUGGGUUAUACAUUGUUUUUCUUUUGUGGGUAACUUGUAUUUGUAAUUUAAAUUUCCAUCCCACUUCCAUGAGAGUGGGAUGUGUGGUAAUAAGAAUGUCAUUCAAGUUCUCUUCUUUA